ACCUACAACAUUUGGUACAGGCAGAAGUCUAGAAGUCUUAGACUAGCGAUAACCUAGCCUGAGUACACUGCUACAACUACUCUCGAGCUGGCGACUGCUGCAAUACAGCUAGGAGCUAAGACUUCCUAUGGCAGAUUCAUCCGAAUUUACAGGCCUAAAGUCUCGACAGAAACGCGUUCUUCCCUCCCGUUCACGUCGUGGCGGUCCUGGAAUAGGAAGCUGUGAUGUUGACCUCAUGAUAUUGGACGCGCAGAGACGAAGAUUUGAAAAUGAACCGCUCAUUCCCGCAAAUACGCAGUUCUUGUUGACCACAAAUUCUGCCCUCGUACCCCAACCUCAACCCUCGUCCUCGGCUGACUUCGGACUCAAUAGUCAUGCAAAUCAACGCUAUUUCGAUAGACCAGAUGUUAUUCAAGCUUAUCGGGAACAACAAAUCAUUCAAACACCUGAAUUCACUACUUUGUCAGAGGAUGCCAGCGUCGGGGGUAGAUUCAGGCCGAGAAUUUCUGCAGAGCUCCCUGAGUCGGCAGAUACCUCUGAUGCUAUAUAUGAAAAGCGCCAUCGAAAGUACGAGACGUUUGAAAAGCGUCAGCGCCUCCGUGAAAAGGAGAAGCUGAAGCAUGAGCAGUACAAGCUCAAGGAGAGGAUAGAACAGCUGAGAGCGAUGGACGGAAGUGCAUUCCUUGGAUUACCUGCAACAUCUUUCCCCCUACCGUCUGGUGUAGUUCAGGUCAAAGACGGCCAAGACUCGAGCCUUUCGACAAUUCACGCUGACGGCUCAGUCGUGUGUGAUGAAGGGGAGAGGCGACGACAGGAGAUGCUUGAGGUAGCUUCCAUCCUGGAGGAUCGGUAUCGCACCCUGUUACCGUCAGACAAGAAGAGCUAUUUUGACCAGAAGAAAGCGAGCAGGCAAAGUAGCGUCAAUAUCCUUACUCCCUCCGACACCCGUCCGCAAGAUGAGACGAUUGUUAAUGCACAAGCUUCCGCCGCUGUUUCGCCUACCAAAGCCAACACCUCACUUGUCUUGAAAAUCAAGAUGCCAAAACAGUCAAGCUUUUCUCCAUCAGUAUCUAGCACCCCAGCACCCAAGCCCACAGCUUAUUUAUUAUCUUCUUCGUUAUCCAAGUCCAAAUCGGUAUCCAGAGCGUCUCCAGCGAAACCAAUAUCUAGAGCCUCUUCUGAUACAGAGUCCAUCGAAUCCGACCGACCGCGCAAACGCACAAGACCGUCACACCUGGAUGAGGCUUACUCUCCGUAUUCUACUCCAGAGCAUCAUGCACCACGACCUUCGCACCACGCCCUAGCCCCCAAACCAGAACCAUGCGUUCUCAUGCAGGCUGCUAUCCGGGCCUCAUCCACGCCAACAGCUCGUAAAACGCAUAGGCAUGUUACUGCGUUUGGUGCAAAAGUACCACAAGAGAUUGAGGAGCUUAGAGACUUUGAACUUCCUGAAUGGAUAAUCCCUCCCCAAUUCCAGUAUCAAAUAUAUACAGCGGGUCGCAUGUCACUGGCAGAGUCUGUCAUUACUGCGGAAGAACUGCCCGAGAUGAAUGGUACUGCGCUUUUUUGAUCCUUC